GGAGUUUCUUUACAGUCAACCACACAAGGAGAUACCUGGAGCCCAACCGCUAUGGUCUGUGUCUUUCUACACUACAAGACUGAAGACGUUGAUGAAGAAAAACUUUUUGAUCUAGAUUGCAUAUGAAAAGAAAACUGUUGGACUCUCCAUUUUUUUCUUGCCGUUUGUGGUUCACUGAACAAAGUCGAGUCACCUGCGUUUUUGGAGAAAAAUGUCGUGGGAUUGCGGCCUGAGAUAUAUGUUCGCUGUGCCCCCUGCGCUGCAUCAGGGGAAUAAGUGCAGCUUCCUUGAAAAGGAGGACCUGUCCAGACUGGAGAUGGUCCAGAGGCUGGCAAAAGACGGCUGCCGGUUCUUGCAAAAUCACAGCAAGAGCCCAGAGAAGGCAAGUGAGCCUCAGAGUGACGAGGCAGUCCGCCUGUGUGUCAGGGAGAGCGGCCGCGAUGUGCUCAUUCUCCAGAGAGUGUCGUCAGAGCCGCCAGCCCUCACCGCACUGGCAAGGGGAGGAGGGAGAGAGGAGGCGAGGAACAGGAGGUACGUGGUGGUGUCAGGGACCCCCGAGAAGAUCCUGGAGCAUCUGCUGAAUGACAUGGCACUGGAUGACGACAGCGGGACCACACAGGGCAAAGAGUCAGAUAAACUCCUGGACGACUUUCUGCUCACCUACCCGGUUUUCAUGUCAACCAGUGAUUUAUGCCAAGCCCUGCUGGGACAGUAUUACACCAAACGGCGCAGAGGGAUGGAGGACCCAAAGGAGGCUCUGGAGAGAAAGCAGAAAGUCCUGCACCUGGUGUCACAGUGGAUGUCUCGCUGCAAAGACUUCCUGAGAGAAGACCAGCAUGUCAAAAUCUUCAUGAAGACUUUAUAUCGCCAUGUGCUGAGUGAUCUCUAUGAGCAUCCUGCCCUUGAGAAGGAGCUGGGCGAGCUGCAGAAACUCUACCAGCUGCAUCGCAGACAUACAGGGGAUGAAGAUUCUCCUCACAGAAAGAGCAAAGCGCUCUUCCACCAAUUGAGCUGGAAAGAGAACGUGCCGCAGACCAGGAGCUCGCAGAGGGAGACCAAGGAAGUGCUGUGUCACGUGUACGUCACCAUGGACUCGUUCCUCAGCAUGAGGGUGCACUCUGAGGUGGUGGUCCAGGAGCUCCUGCAGGCGGUGGCUGAGCGGAUGGGCGUUUCUCAGGGGGAAAUAAUAUUGGUUGCAAUCACAUAUACUGGAGGCAGACUCCUCCUGCAGCCCCAGGAAAGAGUCUUCUCGGCUUCUUUACGGUCGGUAGAGAGGCUGCAUGUCUGCAGGAAGGACCUUGGUGAAGUCCAGAACCCAUUUGUAGACAACUCAGAGAUUCAGCAGAGGACAGCUCGUGUUCUGAGUUUGAACACGUGGGAUGUGGCCGUUGCCCUCACAGAUGUUGACUGGACCAUUUUCGACUCCAUGCACGAGCAAGAGGUGAUCUAUUUCACCUUCAACCGCCAUGUUUGCAGUAGCCACACGAUGGCAUUAGAACUGCUGCUGCAGCGCUGCAAUGAGGUCCAGCUGUGGGUGAUGACUGAGGUGCUGCUGUGCCCAACGCUCUGCAAAAGGGUCCAGCUCAUCAAGAAGUUCAUCAAGAUCGCAGCUCAUUGUAAAGCACAAAGAAAUCUCAACUGUUUCUUUGCAAUAUUUAUGGGAUUGAAUGCUGCAGCUGUUAGCCGCCUCAGUCACACGUGGGAGAAAGUUCCUGGAAAAUUCAAAAAGCUGUUUUCAGAACUGGAAGCUAUCACUGAUCCCUCACUGAACCACAAGGCCUACAGGGACUCCUUGAAGAAGAUGAAGGUGCCAAAGAUCCCCUUCCUUCCUCUGCUUCUGAAAGAUAUCACUUUUAUUCAUGAAGGCAACAGGACCUUUCACAACAAUAUGGUCAACUUUGAAAAGCUGCACAUGAUAGCAGACGUGGUGCGACUCAUCCGGCAAUGUCAGAAGGAUCGCAUGGGAAAUGGAAUCACACAGAAGAGCAGCUCAGAGGUGCGAGCCUACAUUGAUUGCCUUCACGUCAUUGACAAUCAGCAGACUCUGUUCGAGCUGUCGCACAGGCUGGAGCCUCGGGCUUAAGGGGAACAGCUCCUCCUCCGCUUCCCACUCCUUUUGAUUUGCCAAGGAACCACUUAUCACUGUCUCCUUUUGAUAGCUCAGGACUCAGUCAGCAAUCACAGGCAAACUGCACAAUCCCAGCUGAACAUGGGAGGGAGACUUUCAAUCAUGAGACUGUCAGCAGACACAUAAACAAGCAGGAAGAAAAAAAGGCUGGUCUUUGGGUGUCUGUGAAAGACGUUUGCAUACAUGGGCAGCAGUGGGACUGAUCCAUGGCAGCUGAGAGCAGGCUCAGCCGAAACCAUCUUCCUGUAGAGCUGCAAAGCCAGCAUUUAAACUGCAGCAGCAGCAGAAGACCCGAGCUGUAGACGUUCAUCAGUGUGGUCCGCAUCAGUGCGCUGCUGCUGUUCAUGUAUAGUCCUGCAGAUGGCACAGGUUCUCAGCUGCACAGAUGGACUAAUCACUCCUCUGUGGGACACAUGAACUAAAAGCUGUUUGUCUGCAGGUAAAUUCAGCAACCAUGGUGUAAAAUAAUCAUAAAUCAAGUUUGAAGGUAGAAAAAUGUUCAGAUUUAAUACUAUUACCAGAGUCAUCCCCACAUCAUGAGGCAACUUGUAUAAAGAACACAAGUGAGUUCUGUUUUUAUAGGCACCAUUGGGUGAAGUCUCACAAAUCACAUGUCAGAGUUUAACUAAUUCCAUCUUAAUCAAGCAGAGACAGCAGGAAAACUGUGAGGCAGAACCAUGCAAAUGCACAGACGCAGCAUGCAUGGCAAUAUUUACCUAUUAAAUAAACAGACUGAACAUCUGUUUAUUUCAAUAAAAACAUAUUUUUUUGCAAUAAUCAUAAUUUAACAGGCCAAGUUUAUGGUUAAACAACAAAACGAACUUUAACUUUUUUUAUUUAAUUUUUGGUGCCUGGUUUUUGAUUUGCAUAAUUGAAAAUCUCAAAAGUACAAAUAAAAUAAAUUAAAUUUACAUUAAUUACAUUUAAUUAAUUUAAUUAAUUAAAAUUACAUUUUCAGCUUGAUAUCUUCCAUUAAAUCUGGACAGUUUGGAUUGAUCAACAAUCAAACGUUUACUUUCACCAGUCAGUAUUGUUCUUGAGUUAUUUAGAUUUUGGCUUUAGGUUUUCGUUUUUGCCACCAAAAUAAAAAAAUAAUAAGAAAAAGAGGAUUUUUAGGAGGAUCCAAGUUUCAUUGCUUCAGUUAAGGUGUCUGUAAGGAAAUAAAUCAUGGAGAACUCUUGCUACAGCCCCUUCCAUCUGGUUAAAAUAUAAGACAUCAACAGUAAAGCCUUCUGUUUGUGUGCAGUGAAAAUACAAUGUACAGAUUCUGUAUGUGUGUACUUUCUAUUGACAGGUUCAUUUAGAGCGAGUAGACACUGUGAAGUGCUGUAAGAUCAGUUCCGGUCCCUUUUGCUUGUACAUUUUAUAUUUUAAAAACCCCUUGUCAAAAGAAAGAUUAUUCCUCAGCAGUCUCUUAUUUUGAAAAACAGAGUACAGUUGAUUUUAUUUAUACUGUGUAUAUAUGUGUAUAGAUGUCUUAAAGUUCUGAAUAACAUUUAUUUCAGAAUUAUUGAUCUGUUCAUUCAACAACUUUAUUAUUUUUGUCUGCAAAAUGUGUCGAACCACAACUGUGCAAGAAAUAAAACUUUUUAUCAACAUGA